AUGAGUUGGCUCCUGACAAAGCUGAAAUCUGGGUCCUACAGGAGGAAAGUUCUGUUGAUAGAGGAACAGGAAUUUGGACAGUGCUAUGGCUUCCCUUUGGCACAGGUGAAGAAAACCAUGGCCCUUUCGCCUGCCAGCAGCACAGCUGCUGUGAAUGAUUCUGACACUCGGGCAGGCUGCCUCUUCAUUGGCAUCCCUGGGCUGGAGCACCUGCACAUCUGGCUCUCCAUCCCCUUCUGCGCCAUGUAUGUAGCAGCCCUGGCAGGGACUGGCAUUUUAAUUUGUGUCAUCCUCUCCCAGCCAGGCCUGCAUGAGCCCAUGUACAUAUUCCUGUCCACGUUGGCCAGUGCUGGUAUCUUGCUCUCCACUUCCGUGCUGCCCAAAGCCCUGGCCAACUUCUGGCUGGGUUCUAGCCACAUUUCCUUUGAUAGUGGCCUCACGCAGAUGUUCUUCAUCCACUUCCUCUUUGUGGCUGACUCUGCAGUCCUGCUGGCCAUGGCCUUUGACCACUUUGUGGCCAUCUGCUCCCCUCUGUGAUAUGCCACAAUCCUCAGGAGCACAGUCAUUGGGAAGAUCAGCGCUGCCACUCUCACCCGCAGCUUCAUCAUCAUGUUCCCCUCCAUCCUCCUUCUCAAGCGCCCACACGAUUGCCGGGUCAACAUCAUUGCACAUUUUUGUGAGCACAUGGGCAUCGCCCAUCUGUCCUGUUCUGAUAUCUCCCUCGGUGUCUGGUACGGCUUGGCAACUGCUCUACUCUCCACGGGCCUGGACAUCCUCCUUACCACUGUCUACAUUCCCAUCCUCUGAGCUGUCUUCCGCCCCCCUUCCCGAAAUGCCCGGUCGCAGGCCCUGAGCACGUGUGGCUCCCAGGUCUGUGCCAUCUUACUCUUCUGCAUCCCUGCCCUCCUCUCUGCCUUUGCCUAUAGUUUUGGUGGGAGACGCAUCCCCGCUGUCCAUAUCCUCCUGGCCAAGCUCUAUGUGGUCGUCCCACCUAUGCUCAAUCCCGUUAUUUAUGGAGUGAGGACCAAGCAGAUUUGGGAAGGGGCUAAACAGAUGUUUUUGCAUCUUGCCCAGGAAUCUGAAUAA